AUGUGCGCCCCGGGGCUGCUCUGCCGCCUCCUCCUCCUCCUCCUCUUCCUCCUCCUGCUCCUGCUGCCGCCUGCCCCCGGAGCGGCCUCGCCGGGACGGCCCCGCGCCCGCCGCGGGCUCACCUACCCCGGGACGCUGUGGUGCGGUGCGGGCAGCAACGCGGACAGCUACGAGCAGCUGGGGGAGCACCGGGACACGGACCGGUGCUGCCGGGAGCACGACCACUGCCAGCACGUCAUCCACCCCUUCACCGCCCGCUACGGCUACCGCAACCUGCGCUGGCACACCAUCAGCCACUGCGACUGCGACCUCAGGUUGAGGGAGUGCCUGCGGCGGGUGAACGACACGGCCUCGCGCGUGGUGGGCCAGGCCUUCUUCAACGUCAUCCAGGUGCCCUGCUUCGAGUUCACCUACAGGGAGGAGUGUGUGGAGCCCUAUCUCUAUGUCUGGUGCAAGGCGUACAACACGGUGGCCGUGGCGGUGCCCCGAGAGCCGGUGCUGUAUGAAUUUGGGGGGGAGCUCAUCGACAGGGCAGCCAGGCCCAGGGGAGUCCCCCUGAGCCCCCCAUGGGGCAGCACAGGGGGAGGAGGAGCCCUCCCAGUGGAUCAUCACACCAGGACACCCCCCAAGGCAGGCAAGAAAGAGAGGAAGAGAAAGAAAGAUAAGAAGAAUAAGGGGAAAGGUCUGAAAAAGAAAGGCUCUUCUGAAAAGAGGGCACGGAGCCAUCCUGCUGGCCCUGCUGAUCCCUGGGCCUUGCUGCCAUCAUCCAACACCAUCCUGAGUGAUGCCCCAGCACGGGAAGGAGUGGGCAGGCAGCCAGUGCCAGCCACUCCCUCCCCGGUCCCCACCACCAGCGGGAAGAGGAGGAGGAAGGAGAGGAACAGAAAGAAGAGGCUGAAAAGUAAAACUGAGGCUGAGCCUGCACAAGAGCUGCAGCUCUGAGUCCUCCCUGAGCCCUGCAUGGGUCCUGGCUGUGAAAUAAAUUUACAUCUGCUUGA